GCUCGCACUUCUUGGGACAGGGAGUCAAGUGAAAUGCGCUAUAAGAGGCUACAACAUUUGCUUGAAAAAAGCAACAUCUAUUCCAAAUUCUUGCUAACCAAAAUGGAACAGCAGCAACUGGAGGAACAGAGGAGGAAAGAAAAGUUAGAAAAAAAGAGAGAGAUGAUGUUAAAAUCUGCCAAGGGUCAAAAUCCAGUUGAUGGCAAAGAGGACAAAUCAGGUGCAAAAAAGAAGAGAGGGAGAGAAGAUGUGACAUACAACAUCUCGGAGAUUAUGUCCAAAGAGGAAAUAUUAUCAGUGGCAAAAAAAAGUAAAGUGGAAAAUCAGGAUGAAAGCUCUUCUGACAACCUGUGUCCAGAAGACCUGCAGAAAAAUGGAGACUCAAAUAGCGUCAUUAAGGAUAGAUUGUGUCAAGCUGUACGACACAGUGCCAAGCAAUUUCUUGAUCCAGUACGGAAGUUUAAUGGACAACCAGUGCCUUUUCAGCAACCAAAGAUUUUUACUGGAGGUGUAAUGAGGUGGUACCAAGUGGAAGGCAUGGAGUGGCUAAGGAUGCUUUGGGAAAAUGGUAUCAAUGGCAUUUUAGCUGAUGAAAUGGGGUUGGGGAAGACAAUCCAGUGUAUUGCAACAAUAGCGCUGAUGGUGGAGCGAGGAGUUCCUGGUCCAUUCUUAGUAUGUGGUCCUUUGUCUACUCUUCCAAAUUGGAUGUCUGAAUUCAAGAGAUUUACUCCAGAGAUUCCAAUAAUGCUCUAUCAUGGAGCUCAGCAGGAACGUCGUAAACUGGUUCGUAAAAUUCACGGGCGACACGGAUCAUUGCAAAUUCAUCCUGUGGUCAUUACUUCCUUUGAAAUAGCAAUGCGAGACAGAAAUGCCCUGCAGCACUGCUUCUGGAAAUACCUGAUAGUAGAUGAAGGUCACAGGAUUAAAAAUAUGAACUGCCGCCUUAUCAGAGAAUUGAAACGAUUUAAUGCGGACAAUAAACUCCUGUUGACUGGUACUCCCCUGCAAAACAACUUGGCAGAGCUUUGGUCAUUGCUUAACUUCCUGUUGCCAGAUGUGUUUGAUGAUUUGAAAAGCUUUGAAUCCUGGUUUGAUAUUACCAGCAUUACAGAAACUGCUGAGGAUAUUAUCGCUAAAGAAAGGGAGCAAAACAUCUUGCAUAUGCUGCACCAGAUUCUGACACCUUUCUUACUGAGAAGACUGAAAUCCGAUGUUGCUCUUGAGGUUCCUCCUAAACGAGAAGUUGUGGUAUAUGCACCGCUGGCAAAGAAGCAAGAAACUUUCUACACUGCCAUUGUAAAUCGCACCAUUAGGAAACUGCUUGGAAAUAAUGAGGAAGAAGUAGUUGAGUUGAGUCCUACAGGCCGACCAAAACGUCGUAGUCGAAAACUGGUUGAUUAUUGUGAAGAACAUAAUGGUUCUGCUGAUGACUUGGAAAAAUUGAUCACCAAAAUGCAAGAGGAAGUAGACAAAGAGAGGCCGGUCGUAGAAGUGAGCAUUCCCAUGGAUUCAGAGGUGAACCUUAAACUGCAGAAUAUUAUGAUGUUACUGAGGAAAUGUUGUAAUCACCCCUAUCUUAUUGAAUAUCCAUUGGACCCUGCUACACAACAAUUCAAGGUUGAUGAAGAUCUAGUAAAGAAUUCAGGCAAGUUUCUACUCUUGGACCGAAUGCUUCCAGAACUGAAAAAGAGAGGACAUAAGGUCUUGUUGUUCUCACAAAUGACUAUGAUGCUCGACAUUUUGAUGGAUUACUGCUAUCUCAGAGACUUCAAAUUUAGUCGAUUGGAUGGCUCUAUGUCCUACUCGGAGAGAGAAGAAAAUAUGCAUCAAUUUAAUACUGACCCUGAAGUCUUCCUGUUCCUAGUGAGUACAAGAGCUGGAGGCUUGGGCAUUAACUUAACUGCGGCAGACACAGUUAUCAUUUACGAUAGUGACUGGAACCCCCAGUCAGACUUGCAGGCCCAAGACAGAUGUCACAGAAUUGGCCAGACAAAGCCAGUGGUUGUUUAUCGUCUUGUGACAGCAAAUACUAUUGACCAGAAAAUUGUAGAGAGAGCUGCCGCCAAGAGGAAGCUGGAGAAGCUGAUUAUCCACAAAAAUCAGUUUAAAGGUGGCAAAUCUGGUCUAGCACAGUCGAAGAGCUGCCUGGACCCUCAGGAAUUAAUAGAAUUACUGAAAUCCAGAGACUAUGAGAGGGAGGUUAAAGGAUCUAAAGAAAAAGUAAUCAGUGAUAAAGAUCUAGAGUUACUCUUGGACAGAAGUGAUCUUAUUG